ACAAUAUCACAAUAAAGUCAUGCGUGCCGUCAAAGUCUCCGCCGCCAACCAGCUCACGGUUGAUUCCUCAGCCCCCAUCCCAACACUGCAGCCUGAAUACCUUCUUGUCCGGGUCUCCCAUGUCUCCCUCAACCCUACCGACUGGAAGGCGGCCUCUCGUUUCAAUCCUGACGACAUUCCUCCACACACAGUUGGCUGUGAUGCCUCUGGACAGGUGGUAGAGAUAGGAGACCAAGUGCCACCAGGUCGAUUCCGCAUCGGUGAUAGAGUCGCUGGUCUGUGCUAUGGAAUUAGACUUGGUCAUCCUGCCAGCGGCGCAUUUGGUGAAUAUUGUCUGUUCAAGGCCGGGUUGACGAUCCAUGUGCCGGACCGCAUCAGUGAUGCGGAGGCGGCGACACUUGGCGUGGGUAUUAACAUUGUAGGUCAAGCUCUCUAUCAAACGCUACGUCUCCCAUGGCCAUCUGUGCACAAUAGUAAUUCUACUCUUUCACCAACCGUUCUGAUCUACGGCGGUAGCACUGCAACCGGUCUAUUUGCCAUCCAAUAUGCCCGUUUGUCAUGCUGUCAUGUCUUAACAACCUGUUCUCCUCGGAAUGCGGCCAAAUGCAAAACCCUCGGGGCUCAUGAAACAUUCGACUAUGGGGACCCCGUCGUAUGUGCGACAGCCAUCCGAAAGGCCACGGGCAAUGAACUCCUCUAUGCUUUUGACUGCAUCUCUGAGGGAUCGAGUCGCCAGAUUUGCGCGGAUGCGCUGACCUCUCGGUCUGGUGCGGCUCACUACGUUGGGGUGCUGCCCGUGGCCGGUCCGUUUCCUCGAAACGAUGUCAUUCACGGCUGGAGGUCGGGAUACACGGCUUUUGGAGAAGCGUAUAACUUUGCUGGGAAAAUGCAAGAGGCACGGCCGGAUGAUUAUGCAUUUGCGAGGGAGUUUUGGGCUGCGUCAAAUGAACUUGUGACACUGCUGAAUCUGGAGGCACUGGUGCAAAAACGGGAUGGGGGUUUGGAUGGCAUUAUUCGAGGGUUGGAGGAGUUGAGGGGAGGACAUGUGAGAGGGGGGAAGUUGGUUUAUCGAGUGCAGUAAACGUAGAGUACUUUCUAGAUCUUCUGAUUGGUACUAUACUAUAUAUCUAGCAAUAUAAUAUUGUCUGAUUACCCAUUCGGGCU